AUGUCGUACUCAGCUGAAAUCAAUCAGUUGAUUCUGGAAGGAUCCAAGUCAUAUGCUUUAAAGGAUUUUGAAUUGGCAUCGGAAAAGUAUGGAAGGGCUUGUGAAGUGUACUCGAAAGAACAUGAAGGAGAUGAAGAUGGUGAUUUAUUAUUCCUAUACGGAAAAGCGUUGUACCAAAAUGGUGUGAGUAAAAGUGAAGUGUUGGGAGGGGUUGGUGCAAAUGAACAAGGUGGUACCGAGGAGAAUCAAGAUGAAGGAAAUGAUGAAAAUGCGGAAGAUGAUGAAAAGUUUCAAUUUUAUGAUGCCGAGCCAAUCGAGGGCGAAGUGGAGGCAGGCAAAGAGAAACCCGAAGCAGGAGAAGGUGAGAACAAUGUUAACCCAGAGGAUGAUGACGAAGACCAACAAGAAGGUGAUUCCGAAGGUCAAGAGCCGGGUGAUUUAGAAAUGGCAUGGAUAAUUUUGGAUGCCACAAGAGGUGUAUUCGAAAAGAGGCUUGAGUCUGCCACCAAGCCCACACAAUCCCCACCAUACAUCAACAACGAAAUUGACUCAAUCAAUGAUGAGUAUGUCAAAUUGUUGAAGAAAUUGUCGGAAACUUAUGAUAUAUUAGGAGAAGUAUCUUUGGAAAUGGAAAAUUUCCCUCAAUCGGCUCAAGACUUGACCAAAUCACUUGAUUUGAGAUUAGAAUUGUAUCCUUUUGAUUCACCGCUUGUAUCAGAAUCCCACUAUAAGCUAGCGCUUGCUUUAGAAUUUAGUGUUGAAGAUGGAGGACAAGAUGUGAAUGAAGCUAGACAAAAUGCAGCUAAACAUAUUCAACUGGCAAUAAAAUCAACCGAAGCUAGGAAUAAAAAGGAAACCGACGAGUCAGUUAAAAAGGACAAUGAGGAGAUGAUUGGUGAAUUGAAGGAAAAGUAUCAAGACUUGAGUAAAGAUCCAAGUGAACAGUUGCAACAAGAACAAUUGGAUAUAGUGAAAGGAUUAUUGGGAGGUGAAGCCGCUGGUGCAAAUGCUGGUCAAGCAAUUAUUAAUAAUUUGACAUCAAUGGUAAAAAAACAAGGAGAAGGAAGUAGUAGCAGUUCGGCAUCAAAUGCACCAAAACCUGUCAAUGAUCUAUCAGGGUUGGUAAAAAAGAGGAAACAAAUUAAAGAUCACAACCCUUCAAAGAAAGCAAGAAAGUGA